GACGAAAACGAAAAGUCAGGCAGCAGAAAACAUAAAAAAUUCCAGCAUGGCGUCCAGAUAUUCAAGAGGUGGUCGAGGAGGACGCGUUAAAAAAAAGCAUUCUUUCCUUGUGAAGGCUCGAAAAUACGGCAGGAAAGGAUUAUACGGUAGAGGAAAAAAUGUGGACGAGGAAACCUAUAAUUAUUUCGUUCGUGUUAUGGAACGGUUAAAUGAAGAGUUUGAAGACGAAGAAGAAAAAGAUAUGUUUGUCGUUAACGUGUUCGAGCAGACCACAGGAAAAGAAAUGGACCUCAUUUGCAAUCAAGUGGUGUCCAAAGUAAUGGAGAAGCUUCUACCACUUGCCAAAAAUGAAACUCUUGAGUUCUUUGCUGAUUUAAUGCUGAAGAACAUGAGAAUCAUCUGUACAGACCCUUAUGCUAGCCAUGUCUUGGAAAAAGUCAUGAGAAUUUGUCUUGAGAAAAUAUCAAAAACAAAUCCAGAAGAUGGCACAGAUCAACAUUCUGCUUUCUGUCUCAAGUGGCUUUCUUCAGUCAGCCGCUAUGCUUUCAAUAACGUGGAGGAAUUUAUCUCUGACAUCUAUGCUAGCCAUAUACUACGAACAUCACUGGAAUGCCUUAGUGGGGUAGAACUCGACACGUUGCUGAUGAAAAGCUACCGCUCCAGAAGACACAUGGAUCCUACCGCAUCUUCUGACGCUAUUCCAAAAUACGAGUGUGCGGAAUUCGUCACAAUGCUACGUGAUUUCGGUGAAAGGUUUGCCAGCUGGCCCCAACUGCACGACAUGGUGCAUUCCCAGGAUUCAUCUGCUGUGAUCCAAACGGUUUUGUUUUGCAUGAACAAGACUGCGCCUGACCUUUGUAAGAAACUACUCGACUUUCUCGUCAAAGACAUUUUAUCAGCCAUACAGCCAGAUGACAUGUUUUCCAGCUCGGCUGUCGUUCACACAUUAGAAGUCUGCGUGACUGUUAGCGACGAUGAAAUCUUCCGGCAGCUUUACCAGUCCCACUUUAAGGGACGAUUGAAAGCAUUGGCAGAGAAUUUUGACCUAAAAUUCUCGGUUGUGAAGUUACUAGACGCCGUCAAAGAUAAAGAAGUGUUUGCAGAAAUAUUUGAAGAAUUAGCCCCAGCCAUGGAAGACAUAUUCGCCGCUGGAUGCGGUACUGUUGUCCUGAGUCUAGCAAACGCGUGUAAACGCCUAUCGACUCUCCAGGCCAAGUUUUUGCAGAAUUUGAUGGAAACGUUCCAUUGCUUCACACCUGAAAUACGCCAGAUAAAGAUCGUGCCAUUGGUGUCUCGUCUCAUCACUUACGAAGUGGCUGAACAACCGGCCGAAGACCAACCUGCUUUCAAGUGCCACAUCAUUGGAUCGCAAAUUGUGCAGACAUUGUUGCACUUUGGCAAACCCAUAAAAAUCGUCCAAAGUCUAUUGGAGAUGGACACGAGCCAGCUGAGAGACUUGUUGAAUGACUCAUUCGGUAGUCGGAUCAUGGACGCUUUUUAUAGCGCUGAAUUUGUGGGAGAAAAGAGUCACGACAAACUCUUCCAAAAGUUACAAGGGUGCUUUUGUUCGUUAGCCACAUCCAAAUUUGGUUCGCGAUCGUUAGAUGCUAUUUGGCAAGCGAGUUCUGUGAAAACGCGGCAAUUGAUCGGAGAAGAACUUUUACAGAAAGAGACUGCGCUACUAGGCGAUUUCUUUGGUCGUCUCAUUUUUGGAAAAUACGCUUUGCCGCUUCUGAAGAAACAAAAGAGCGAUUGGAAGACGAUGCAAGAUAAGGAGAAUAAAAAGAGGAAACUGUUUGCAGACAUUGUGGAUCCUAUUCUUGAUGGCGGCGAGAACUCGGAUCGACUCAAUAAAAAGAAGAAAACGAAAUCUUAAUUCAAAUUAUUAUUAUGGUUUUCUAAUACAGCGUGGACAAUUCAA